GAAUGGACUCCAUUUGAGGACAAAUAUUUUUUACAAAUCCUCAUAAGUGCCCUAGACAAAGACAAAAUUUUUGAAGGCCUAAGUUCGGGUACCAAAGCAUUUUGGAAGAAAGUUGCUGAGACUUUUAAUGGCAUGACCCUUAUUGCCAAAACACCGGAGGAGUUGAUUGACAGACUAAAGAGCUUGAAAAAUGUCGCCAUGUGUAAGGUUUGUCUUCCUGAUACAUGGAUUCCAAAGGAAAAAGCUUUUAAGUUAUUUAGGGAAAAGAAGAUGUCAAUCCCAUCAUUGUUCACGGCUAAAUUAAAAGCCAAUUCCCUCUCCGGGGACAGGAGUGGGAGUCCCUCAAUGACAACUGGAUCUGUGGAGCAAUUCAGAUCUGCCUCUGCUUCUACUCCUGUUUCUCGAAAAGAUGUCUCUCCAGAAGACAAGAACAAAUUUGUUAAAAUUGUGCAGCAAUUACUCAGAAACCGUGGCACUCAUUUAACUGAUUCAGAAAUUCGAACCCUAUCAUUUGACUUGCUGAAUAAUGUGCUGCUGGGGAGACAUCAAUUUUUAGACAUUGAAAAUAUUAUCUCCCUCGAGCAAAAAGAUGAUUAUCUGACCUAUAUGAUGGGAAUUUAUGGGAUAAAAAUAUAAGAGGGUGGUGGAGCUACAAGAUGGCGGUGGGGCUGCAAGAGGGACGUGUUUUUUUAAAUUGUUUGUUGAAAUUGUGUUGGAUAAUUUAUGCAGGAUAAUUUCUACUUUUUGGUUCCUGAAUACUUACAAUUAUGCAUGAAUCCUAUUCAGCCCCUACAAUUCUUGCCAUUUUGAGAAAUCCAGAAAUCCAAUUAAGUUGUUAGAAAGAAGAGUUGAUCAAAGCAUAACUCAAGAGAGGUAAAUGAGGAUCAGGGAAAACUGUAUAGCAGAAACGGUUAAAAGGCCUUGAUCUGAAUUGAAGUCUAAUCAUGUUAUUUGGUCUAUGCAGUCCCGUGGUUGUGGUAGGAUUUUGUUGUUAUUGGUUGUUGUGUUGAGGAGAUGGGGGUUGGUUUUUUAUUUAUUAUAGGAAUGUUUUGCUGGUUGCGCAGGGGAUAUUGGGAACUUCUACAUGAUUUGCUUGUUUCGGAAACCUCACACCAUACAUAUUGAUUAAUUGAAAGCUUAAAUAAGGUUGAGGUCCCUAACAUUGUAAGAGGAAUCAGUUUAGGUCCCUGGAAAAAAUUUCUUUUAAAUGUCAUCCCUCCAAAUUAAUUUUGCAUCAAAUUGGGUCCAGAGUACUUUUAAGCCUUAUGUGGAAUUUAUUUUUACCACUCAUCAUUACCACAUGGCAUUCCUGUUUAUUUUAAUUAUUGGAGGACAUGGAUGACAUGAAGGAUAAGAAGAUUACCAAGCUGAAGAGUGGGCAAAAUUAGUGCCACAUAAGGCUUAAAAACACCUUGGACCCAAUUUGAUGCAAAAAAAGUUUGGAGGGAUGACAUUUAAAAGAAAAAGUUUCCAGGGACCUAGAUUGAUUCCUCUUACAAUGUCAGGGACAUUAACCAUAAUUAAGCCUUGAAGGCUUAAAUAUGGUUGAGGUCCCUAAUCUGCGGUGAUUGAGAAGCCACAGUGUAACACCCCGUUUUCCGAUUAGUAUAAUAUUUGUUAAUUUAUUUUAAUUAUUAUUGGGUUAUAUAGUAGCUUGAAUAAAUAUGUGAUUUUAUUAUAUAAUAAGGUGAUAAAGUGAUAUAUGUAGUGAAUAAAUUAUUUAAAUUGGAUAUGAGUGAUAUAUGUGAUUAUUAUUUAAAUCUUAUGUGAUAUAGUAAAAGAUUUAAUUAAAAGGGGUUUUAGGGUUUAGAGUGAGUAAUUAGGAGUUAAAUAGAAAGAGAAAAGAAAGAUAGAGAAAUCAGAAUUAAAAGAGCAGAACAGAAAAGGGAGAGAGCGUGAAAGCAAGAAGGAGAGGAGAAAAGAGAAGAAAACCUAGACUUUGAUCUUCAAGAGGUAAGGGUAAUUAGUAAUGGUAGAAAACAUGUUUUAGGAACCCUAAUACUGAGGUUGAGGUCCUGUUAUGGUGAUGUUUAUUUUUCCGUCAAGUUUGCGGGUGCUGUGUGAAUGUGUCGAAUUUGACAUGGCUUGAGGAUUUUAUUUGGCGUAAUCUACUCGUAUGUUAGAUAAGUGGAGGGACUGCAAUUUGAUUGAUUUUACCCUCUUUUGUCAUCUGUCAAAUUCAGAGUUAAGUGAAAUUGAAUUGGUAAACUGCUGUGUGGCUUCUGAGUUAUGAGGGAACAUAAUUUAUUCAUGAGAUGUUGUUGGACACGGCUACUCACUCACUGAUGACAAAUUUUAUAUAAGGAAUUUUUGCCUUUCUUUAGUUUUUGACUAAUUUGGCUUUGAUUAUAGCUAUGUCAUGGAAAGUAAAAUAAAUAAAAAAACUAAUAUUGUCAGGUAGUCAUAAAAAUACAAGGACGUGAUUACUUUAACUAAAGCCAUGUAAUGUGAUUGAGGAUAUAUCUUAGCGUGAAGACAAAAACUAAUAUCGUAUGAAUGGUAUCCAAACUUUUAUGGUGAUUUGUAAUGGAGCUAGUGAUCGAGUGAGUAUAUAAACUAGUACAGUGAGUAUAUAAACUAGUAUAGUCUCAGGGAGCCAGGGAGGCUAUGAACAGAUACAUCCUAGUUCACAUCUGUUUAAUAAUGCUUAUAUGGUGCUGUUUUUUUUUUAAUUUAAAAUUGAUGUUAUGUGUUCAGUUGUUAUAUUUUGUGAAUUGGAGAUGAUUUGAAUGUUGAGCUGGUGAUGAAUAUGCUAAAAUAAUUAAGACUUGGAGAUGGUCUGGAUAUGCAUAUGUUAGUUGAGUUGUGCACAAUACACUGCAUAGUUGUCAAGAGGCAAUGUUUGCUAGUUCUCGUGGAGACUAGUGACUUGUCCCAAAACUGGAGUGGUUUUGAAGCCUAGAGCGAGGGCUUUAUUGGUGGUUAUCUGUCUGGAGUGGACGCGGUGAUACCGCUAAGGAUAACAACUUUGGUACCAAAGACAUUUGCACAGAGUCACACUUGAGUCAUAUAAGUUAUUGUAGGGAGUUAUUGAUGUUAAUUAAAGUUAACUGCAAUAUCUUUG